AUGAUUGCCGCCCAAAUUUCCCACUUUGCCAUCGCCCUCUUGGCUACUGUCUGUGCUGUUGCAGAGGCCAAGAGCUGCAAGGCACCCCAAAGCAUCAAGUCUCACCACCACCACACCAAGCAUGGGCAUAACUCGACCGCCGUAGGUGUCAGCCUGCCGUAUAUGACACCAGAUCGUCUUCCUAGCACUACCUUGGCUACCCCCGUUCAGCCUACGAUCCAAUCUUCCCAGGUGAAGGCCGCCGAGGCUGCCCUUGAGACCUCUUCGAGCAACCCAAUCAUCGCGCAAAGUGAGCAGACUGAGGCCGUUUCUACCACCGCGUCUACUGCAGCAGCAGCAGUGCAAUCCGCAUCCACUGAAACCUUCUACGGCUUGGGAACUCGCUACGGUGACAGCUGCACCGAGGAGAACUGCUGGCAGGAUGGCGCCUGCAGCUUCGUCGACUACGAACUGCCCGCUGGCAUUGACGGAUCAACCUGCGUUUCUGAUGACAUCUGGGAAAACGGUGCCAACUGCGGCGGCUGCAUUUCUGUGACUUACAAGGGAAAGACUCUCAAGAUCAUGGUGACCAACCGCACUGGUGGUAACGCGACCCACCUGGACAUGACCCCCGGCACCUGGUCCAAGCUGACCAACGGAUACUCUGGCGGCAGUGUUAACGGCAUUGCGUGGGAAUGGAUCACCUGCCCUCUUCCCAGUUCCACUCCCCUUCAGGUCCACAUGCACGGGGGCGCGUCUCAGUACUGGUUCGCAGCCACCAUUGAGAAUGCCACUCUCCGAACCAAGAAGCUCGAUGUCAGCAGCGAUGAGGGCGCGACCUGGAAGACCGCUACUCUUCAUGACCCCAACAUGUGGGAGAUUACCGGCACUCUUCCCAGUGCUACUUGCUGGGUCCGUGUCACGAGCGUCAACGGAGACGAAGUCAUUGUCAAGGACGUUGCUCUUCAGUCUGGCAAGAUUACCAAGGCCACUGAGAACUACUAA